AUGUGCCUGUUGAAGAAACUUGAAGGAGGAAGUGCGUCUCUGUCUCGAUCUCUCCUGUCUCACAUUUUGCAGUGGGGAUUGUUGUGUGUGUGUGUGUGUGUGUGUGUGUGUGUGUCAGUGGCGGAUGUGUACCAGCAGUGGUGUGGACCCUGCCGCGCCGUUGUCAGUCUCUUUAGAAAAAUCGAGAAUGAGCUGGGAGACGAGCUGCUGCAUUUUGCCACAGCUGAGGCUGAUGGGAUUGAAGCUCUGGAGAAGUACAGAAGGAAGUGUGAGCCCACCUUUCUGUUUUAUGCGGGUGGGCAGCUGGUGUCUGUUCUGCGGGGACCAAAUGCUCCUCUCCUGCAGAGGGUGAUACAAGAAGAGCUGAGCAAAGAGAAGAACGUCCUAGAACACGGGGCGGCACGCAGGGCGGUGACAGAUGAAGGUUUAACUGAGGAAGAAGAGGUGAAUGAUGACAUUAAGGAUCACCCACAUGAUGAAGAUGUGAUUGUUCCUGCUAAAACGUCUUGCACAGUGGCAAUAAUCAAGCCAGAUGUGGUGGCACACGGCAAAGCAGAUGAGAUUAUUAUGAAGAUUCAGGAUGCAGGUUUUGUGAUUUUGGCCCAUGAGGAGAGAACGCUGAGUGAAGCAGAAGCUCAAGACUUCUAUCAACACAAAGCCGCAGAGCCUUACUUCCAGGAGCUCAUCUAGUUUAUGUCGAGCGGCCCGUCGCAUGUCCUGGUCAUUUCUAAGACGGAGGGCUGUGAGGACGUCAUCCCAGCCUGGCGGGAAUUCAUCGGUCCACCGGAUGUCGAAGAGGCCAGGAGGAUGCAGUCGGAGAGCUUGCGGGCUCAGUACGGCACCGAGACUCUUUUGAACGCUCUACACGGCAGCAGCGACAGCGAGCAGGCCAGCAGGGAGCUGGCGUUCUUCUUCCCCAGCUUCAGGAUGGCGAUGGCGGACUCGGGCUCGGAGCGGGCCGGGCCGGAACAGGAGCAUGUGGAGAGGACGCUGGCGCUCAUCCGUCCAGACGCUGCCAGGGAAAACAGAGUCUCUGCUGUCGUUCACAGCGGGCCUGUGUUAGCAUUAGCGCUAGUGAAGGAGCGAGCCGUGGAACACUGGAGGAACGUCCUGGGCCCCAAAGACCCCAUCCAGGCUAAGAAUGAGCAACCUGACAGUCUGCGAGCCCAGUUUUCCUGCGGGAGCUCCAGCAUUAAUCAGCUUCACGGCAGCGGAAACUCAGAGGAGGCGGAGAGGGAGAUCGGCUUCUUCUUCCCACCGGAGGACACACUCACCGUCAUCAAACCAGACACCCAACACAAGGAGGAAAUCCUGGAGGAGAUUCGGGGCAGAGGAUUCACCAUCUCCCGUCUGAAGGACACGGUUCUGUCCAGAGAGAUGGCAGAAGAGUUUUAUAAAGAGCAUCGGGACAAACCCUUCUUCAGUCAGCUGGUGGAUUACAUGUGUCACGGGCUGUGUACGAUGAUGGUUCUGACCAAGGAGAACGCGGUGGAGGAGUGGAGGGCGGCCAUGGGCCCCACGGACCCCAGUGCGGCAAGACAAGCAGCCCCGGGGUCCCUGAGAGCGCGCUUCGCUAAGGACAUGCUGGAGAACGCCGUCCACGGAUCCUCCAACACUCAGCACGCACACCAGAAGAUACAGUUCCUCUUCAGAGACAUCAGCUCUGAGAGCGGGAUCAUCAACGCCGCUGCUUCUCCUGCGUUAGAAACAGAGGAGAGCUUUGCAGAGCUCAAGAAUCUUCAAGCUUCAAGAUCUCCAUCAUUUGAUGACCUGAAGAACCAGACAGAGCCAAGCUCAACAGAAGGAGCUGAAGAAAUAAAGCCUGAGAUGACAGAGAGUCACCCAGCAUCCUCUGAUGAGACUAGAGACGCUAGACUCACUAGAGACGCACACAUCCAGCCCGCAGGACGCAGGUCUUUAUCUCAAUGA